UGAACACGGGAAAUGUUGACGAAAUUCAAGUUGUUGAUAUUUCUUGUUCCUUAUCAGUAGAAGUUUUUUUUCAGAGGGAUUGUGUUUGUCAAGGUCUGUCGAUAAGUUUUCUUGGAAGUAAAUAGGGACUUUUUUCCAUUUCUAGUGGGCAGUCUCUUGUCACUUAGACUAGAAAAUUAUUUUCUAAAAGCAGCACAAGAGAUCUUUAUUAUGGGUGUACGACUCUGUUGAGCCAGUCUAUGCAGUUUGUGUCUAGUUUGUUUGUUUGUUUUUUUGGAGGGGGGGGUUGUUGAAAUUUUUUGUCUGUGUGUUUUAGGUUUUUAAAUUUUAUUUUUAUUGUAGAUUUUGUUCAAUCUUUUCCAUCGUUGAUCCCUGACACACAAAAAGUCCCACAGAGGUUUAGCAGUCUGGUGUGCAGUUACUCUCAUUUAAUAUGAUGACUUUAAGGAUGGUCUCUGGCAGCACACUUCUUAGGCAAAAGGGGUUGAAAAGCUACGCAGAGAAUAGAGAAAUAAACCUUUGCCUUACAAAUUACUCAUGUGAUGAUGUUGAAAUAUCGGCAAAACUGGAGAAAGCGUCUUGUGCUUUAGCAACUGACCUAAGUGUUUGCAUGCAGUUUUAUUUUUCCACUGCAGGUAAACCCAGUUUUUCAGCUGAGAAUAAGUAAAGCAUGUUUAGUGAUGUCAUUUCUUCAUGAACCUAGAUUAUAUAGGAUGAUUUAGAAUAUUACAUGAGUGCCCACCACUGAUACUAGUACAGGAUUUUAGGGAUAAAUAGGAAGAGUGAAUUCCCUAUUGGGAAAUGGAUUUUUUUUUUUUUUUUUUUCCUGAGGGGGAAAUAUAUAAUAUUAAAUUAUUAAAUUGCUACAUAAUUUUAAAAAUCAGCUUUUAUAGUCUAGACAUUGCUUUUGUUGUGUAAACAUUUAGUCCUUAGAAUUUACUAGAUAUAGGAAAAAAUGAAAUAAUUGGAAAAAGACCUGUAAAAUUAUCAAGUCCAACCCAGCAGUAUUAAGCCCAUGACUAAACUGUGUCACGUCUACAUGUAUGCCUUUUAAAUCCCCACCAGGAUGGUGAUCCCACCACUUCCCUGGGCAGCCUGUUCCAGUGUUUGACAACUCUUCCAGUGAAGAAAUUUUUCCUAAUAUCCAACACAAAUUGAGGCCAUUUCCCCUUGUCCCAUCACUUGUUAUUUGAGAUAAUGGUGAAGGGUUUGCAGCUUUUCUCAAGCACUAAAAGCACAGAACUGAGAAUAUGCAGGUUAGAGGCACUUCUUCAUCUUAUUCAGAGCUUUUUGGGUAGUAGUAAAAUUAACAAGAGUAUUAUUAGUAUGGUGCUCUAGCUUGGGAACAUUUUGAGGAACAGAGCAGAGCUGGCACUUCCAGAAAGCUACAUUUGGUCUAAUCUGUACAGAUGCUUUGUGCAUGAAAAUGCUUCAGAGAGUAAAUUAGUUUAACUGUGGUGCAUAUUUGUCUUUAUCCACAAAAGACCAGAGCAUCUAGAGGCUCAUGUUUUUCUUCAGAAAGUCCCUCAGGACUAGUUUGUAACUUUAACUGACUUUACACAUGAGGUCUCUUGGUUCCUUUUAUGACAGCAGUGUUUCUUUUCUUUUGAACCCCACUAAUUCAGCACAAAAAAAAAAAAAAAAAAAAAAAAAAAAGCAAGAAAAAAAAAAAAAGAAGUGAAUAGAAGUCCUGUUCUGGGGAAAAAUAGAAAUCUCAUUUCUAUUAAAAACUAACAAUGUUCAGUCUUUGUUAAGAGCCUAUGGCUUGGUCAUGGAGUGAGUUGAGGUGAUAAGGGAUAGAAAACACCCACAGCAUCUUUUCCUUUUUGUGACUUCUCUGAGCACCCAGGAUACAAAACCUGGGGCCUCCCCAGUCAAGUAGUGCUAGUGACCACAAAGUUUCCAUCCUGGCUGCCCUAAUGCUGGGCAUGUGGGUUGGCUAGGGCCGGAUGGACUGGUGUAGAGUGCUGGUGACAGUCACUGUGCCUGUCUUGGGGGGAUGGGGGGCACAGUACUGCUCUGCCACCAUCACUCCCAGGGCUUGAGUCUGAGAAGGAAUAUGCACUGUUUGCCUUCCCUGAUGCUGCAUCUGCUGUCCUGUCCUGCCUUUUGAAUUUUCAGCACGUGGUCUGACUUCUUUGCCAACUCAGACACGUCAUUUUACUUGGUUUUCUUCACAUUAGAGCUGACGUAAAUACUCUAACCCAUGAGAAAUAUGUGCCACAGAGCUUCUGCAUCCUUGUGGUGAGGACUGCCACAGAACACUGUGAAAUUAUCAUCAGUGGUAAAUACGGGUUCAGGAAAACAUGAUGACUUCAGGGAUUCUAUUGAGACGUUUUUAAAUGGUUUUGAGUGAUGUAAUCAGGUUAAAUACAAGGAGUGAUUUUGCAAAGUGGACAGUAAUGGAGUAUAUGAGCACGGGUAGUGAUAGCAAAGAGGAGAUUGACUUGUUGCUAGCUGAUCUAAAUAUGUCUGAGGUGAUAGCCAUCAUGGAAAACCAUUACCCAGGUGAAGACAUUGCAGUCUAUGAAGACAGCUUAAUUACAAUGUGUGAAGAGGCAAAUCAGAAUGAUGAACGUGCAGAAUCAUUACUGUUUUGUGAAAGGGAGGUCUCUUUGAUGUCCUCUGUCAAAUAUGGGACUGUGGAAGACCUGCUUGCUUUUGCAAAUCAGGUGUCCAACACUGCAAAACAAUUUAAAGGAUGCACACAACAGGAAUCUGGAAUCCUCUUGAAUAUGAUCACACCCAAGAACGGGCGCUAUCAGAUUGACUCGGAUGUGCUCCUGUUUCCCUGGAAGUUGACUUACAGGAAUAUUGGCUCUGACUUUAUUCCUAGGGGAGCUUUUGGGAAGGUGUACUUAGCCCAAGACAGAGAAACCAAGAAACGAAUGGCAUGCAAACUGGUCCCAGUGGAACAGUUCAAACCAUCAGAUGUGGAGAUACAGGCAUGUUUCCGUCACGAAAACAUUGCUGAAUUAUAUGGAGCUAUUUUGUGGGAUGAGACCAUCCAUCUCUUCAUGGAAGCUGGAGAGGGAGGAUCUGUCAUGGAAAAGCUGGAGAGCUGUGGUCCUAUGAGAGAGUUUGAAAUAAUUUGGGUGACAAAGCAUAUUCUGAAAGGACUUGACUUUCUCCACUCGAAGAGGAUUAUCCACCAUGAUAUCAAACCAAGCAACAUUGUCUUUAUGUCAACUAAGGCUGUUUUGGUGGAUUUUGGCCUAAGUGUUCAAAUGACUGAAGACAUUUACUAUCCCAAAGACCUUAGAGGAACAGAGAUUUACAUGAGCCCUGAAGUUAUCCUUUGCAGAGGCCACACAACAAAAGCAGACAUCUACAGCAUGGGAGCUACCAUCAUUCAUAUGCAAACAGGCAUCCCUCCCUGGGUGAACAGAUACCCUCGUUCUGCAUAUCCCUCCUACCUCUAUAUUAUACACAAGCAAGCUCCCCCCUUAGAGGAUAUUGCUGAGGACUGCAGCACUUCCAUGAGAGAAUUGCUGGAGGCAGCUCUGGACAGGAAUCCCAAUCACAGGCUGUCUGCAGCAGACCUACUGAAGCACGAAGCCUUGCACCCGCCGCCCGAGGAGCAGCCGCGGUGCCAGAGCCUGGACUCGGCGCUGUUUGAAAGGAAAAGGCUGCUCGCCAGGAAGGAUCUGCAGCUGCCAGAGAAUAUUACAGAUUCCUCAUUGUGUAAUGGGAGCAUGGAAGAGUCAGACCUGCUAAAGAGACAAAGAUCACUCUACAUAGACCUUGGAGCUCUAGCUGGUUACUUCAAUAUUGUUAGGGGACCACCAGCCUUAGAGUAUGACUGACUCAGUGACAUUUUAUGUUCACGGGUCAGAAAUGGACCUCUACCUCUUAAAGUUUGAUUUUAAGACUUGAUUUUCCAAUUUGUACAUAAAACUAUUGCCAUUAUAGGCUGUCAAAUGUGAAUAGUGUUUAAUUGCACAGAUGAUUAAGCUAAACCCUCAGGGGCUCUGAUAAGCUGAUCCCAAGCAGUGAUGUUUGUGUGUCUGCUGGUUGACCAACAAGAAGAUGCUGGAAAGAAUACUGCUGCUGAGAAUGUCUUAAUCCAGGAUAACUUCCUGUGCUGGGCCUUGCACUUUUGUAAAACUUAAAAUAUAUGCUUGCAAAUAAUGUCAGGAAAAAAAAUAUAAUAUAAUAGUAUGUGGGCUGUAAGAUUCAGUCUCUCUGAGCUGUCCUUAGAAAAAACCUUCCUGCCAUCCCCACCCCCCAAAAAAAAAAGAAAAGAAGUAAUUGAUUUAACCAGUCAGAGACUGGUUCAGUCUUGUUUCUAUCUUUAAGACUUGGUCAUUCUUGGUCUUUGAAACUUGGUCAGCCUCUAGUAAUUCUUAAUGAAAAUCAGGGCCUCCCAUAAACUGAGCUAAUUUCUAUCAGCUGUCUGUGGAGUCAGAUUAUUGCUUGUUUACAGAUGUGUUUAACUUUGCAUCUUGCCAGGGCAGUGGGAGCUAAGCAGGAGGCUGUCCCCUCCUUUGUGUGUCCAGAGAAGCUUUCACUGGCAGUAUCAGUUAGCUUUGGGAUUUGCACAGUCAGCUGGCCCUGACAAAGCAUGGCUCCUUCCUGUGUUACAGCUUCUGCAAGGGUAUCUAUGAUAGUUUUCAAGGGUAGAUCAAGUGUUAUUCCCUAUUGGUAGCAGUGGGCAGGCUCCAAACUCUUGCUUUUUAAUACUUUAAAAUUGUACACAUGUAUAAUUGCUCUGAGUGUUACGGUUUGGAAGGAGUGUCAUUAGUGACAAGCAGUGUUUAUGUUCCUAUGGAAAUGGAAUUACAUUGUUCUUGCUGUGCCUCAUGCAUUUGAAACAUGAUGUUUUGGAUGAUAGUAAAACUAUGUAAACUGCAUAGUUCUGUACAUCCCAUGGGAUGAGAACGUAAACUUUUAUAAAACUCUUUCUGAUGCUUAGGAUGACUCUUUAUAAGCAUUUGUGUUAAAUGGCAUACUGUGUAUGUUGUACACUGAAUUUUUUCUGAAGCACAGUCUCUUUUUCAUGUCUGUUAUUUAAUGCUGCUCCUCUCUAACACAUGAUCUUAAAGAGAUGAUUUCUAGUUUGAUACUGAUAUGGUCAAAUGAAUAAAUCCAGCUCAGUGCCUUGA